AUGGCAGAAGUCAUCGGCGCUAUCUCUGGGGUGGUCGCCCUCAUUGAAACCUCGAUCAAAAUCUAUGACCGUGUUAAGAAUGACAUCAAAUUAUCGGAGACAUUCGAAGUUGUUCGAUGCCGUCUCCCUGUCAUUCUUCACACACUCGAGACAUGCAAAAACAACCUCAAACAGCGAGCAGACUCAAUCCCCCAAGAUGUAUGCGAUGCCUUGGAAGAGAUCCUCGAGGCUUGUUAUACAAAGGCAAAACAUUUGAGAGAAAUCCUUGAAAAAAUCGAAUCCGGUGAAAGACAUACAUGGAUGAAACGAUAUUCGAAGAUUCUCCGCAGUCUCGGCAAAGGAAACAAAAUCGAAGAACUGAUGCUUGGUCUCGUGAAAGACGUCCAAUUGAUUGUCAAUCACCAUGCGGUUAGGUUUGCCAAUCAGCAGCAAAAGGCUGAGCUUGACGAUAUCGUCCAACAGAUGAAGUCUUUCCCAUCCUCAGUACCGGAAGAUGAGAGCCCAACUAGUUUCAACAGCGGGGGUGGGACAUUGAUAAACAAUGUCAAUCGUAACAGUGGUGGGCAACACAUCAACAAUUAUGGGCAUGGGUCUAUAUCUAUGUCUGUUGGAACGCAGAACUACAAUUCUGUCACUCUCAUGCAGAAGAAAGACUUUAUCGCUCGUGGACCUGUUGGUGUCCAUCUCGGCCAAGCGCCUCAUAUCGCUCAAGAACUCUUCGUCGGUCGUCGCUCCGAGCUUGAGAAAAUCGGAGAGUUUUUACGCCCUUUUCAGGAGCCUCCAAAGCAACGACGCUUAGUUCUUGGUGGAAUAGGAGGUGUCGGAAAAACUCAGCUUGCUAUCGCUUACGCAGAGUCGCGAUCUGGAUCUUAUAGCUCGGUGUUUUGGCUGAAUGCAAUGUCCGAGGCCGCGCUGCAAAAUAGUUUUCAAUCGAUCGCCAGCAUCAUCUUCGACUUUCAGGAUCCCCGACUCCUAGAGAGCAAACACAUUGUCGGGCAUUUUGACAUCAACGACUAUUGUCCACCCGCUUCCUAUGGGUCCAUCAUAGUCACUACCCGGCAGCCAGAUGAUGUUGCAGGAAUUCAUCUACAUAUAAAGCCUUUCCAGGGUAUUGAAGAUGGUCUCGCUAUCCUACAAACCCGAUCGAGAAGAAAAGAUGUUCUAUUAGAUCCGCACGCAAAACGCCUUGCAGAGCGACUUGAUGGUUUUCCACUUGCUUUAGCCACUGCUGGAACAUAUCUUCAGCGAAGUGCUCUGACCUUUGAACGCUACUUGCAAGAGUACGAGAAACGCUGGAAUAUUGAUCCCCGUCGCCCCACUAAGCUUCAAGAGUAUCGUGAGCGUACGCUUUACACCACCUGGGAUCUAUCAUACGCUCGUUUGGAAAUUGAAGACCCGGACGCAGCAAAACUACUCAAAUUGCUGGCUUACUUCGAUAACCAGAACCUUUGGUACGAGCUUUUCUACGAUGGACUUACUGAAGGGUCUCCCAAGUGGCUUCUUGAACUAGUUGCAAACGAUAUGUCUUUCCGGGGAGUGAUGAGAAUCUUAACCGAGUACUGCUUCCUAGAAGUCCACUUGGAAUCAGAAACAUGGAGUAUGCAUAACUGUAUACAUGACUGGACAUUGGCCGCACUCAACAAGAAUGUUGAUUUGGAGUAUUACUGGUAUGCUUUCGAUUGCAUUGAUGCGACUAUCAAUUCGGUGGAUAAUAAUAUGGAAUCUCUUGAUCAUGUCAUUUUUUCCAGCUCGGCUGGUCAUGCAGCACGACUACUACACCAGCGAUUCCUUAAGAACGAUACGAUAUCCGAUUCUACGCCUGAUCGACUUGAGAAGGCCUCACGUCUUGCGUUCUUACUUCGAGUGCAAUCUCAGCUUACUGCUGCAGAGCAAAUGCAAAUCCGGGUACUACAUGGAUAUGAGCAAUCCCUAGGACCGGACGAUACAUCUACCCUUGGCGCCGUUCACGGUCUUGCCAUUCUACAUCAUGUCCAAGGUAACUUGGACGAGGCCGAGCAGAUGCAGUUGCGGGUGCUGGCUGGUUGGGAGAGGGAAAAAGCGCUUGGACCGGACCACAUACCAACCCUUGAUGCCGUUCACAUGCUCGGCAUGGUAUACGCUCGCCAAGGCAAGCUAGAUGAGGCGGAGCGCAUGUUUAUGCGGGCGCUAGCUGGGAAGGAGAAAGCGCUUGGUCCGGUCCAUCUACCAACCCUUGACACCGUUCACAGGCUCGGCAUGGUAUACGCUCGCCAAGGCAAGCUAGAUGAAGCGGAGCGAAUGCUUGUGCGUGCGCUGGCUGGGAGGGAGAAAGCGCUAGAACCGGUCCAUCUACCAACCCUUGACACCGUUCACACGCUCGGUGAAGUAUACGCUUAUCAAGACAAGCUGGACGAAGCGGAGAAAAUGCUUAUGCGGGCGCUAGACGGGAGGGAGAAAGCGCUAGGAUCGGACCACCUAUCAACCCUUGACACCGUUCACACGCUCGGUGUAGUAUACGCUCGCCAAGGUAAGCUGGACGAAGCGGAGCGAAUGCUUGUGCGGGCGCUAGCUGGGAGGGAGAAAGCGCUAGCACCGGUCCAGAUACAAACCCUUGACAACAUUCACAAUCUCGCCAUAGUACUUUAUAAACAAGGCAAGCUGGAUGACGUACCAACCCUUGACACCGUUUAUAGUCUCGGCAUGGUAUAUUAUAAACAAGGCAAGCUGGAUGAAGCGGAGCGAAUGCUUAUACGGGCGUUAGUUGGGAGAGAGAAAGUGCUAGGACCGGACCACAUAUCGACCCUUAACACCAUGAACCGUCUCAACAUGGCAUAUCAUGAGUAUCGUGAUCAACGCUGUUGGGAAGAGGAAUACUCACUCGACUAA